AAAAAUAUAACAUUUAAUUAAAAGGUAUUUUUUAUAAGAAUUAACAUUCUUUUUAUAUUAAAUAUAUUUUUUUUCAUAAUAUCACAAAUGAGUGAAUUAUUUGAAUCUGUAAUUUAAAGCCGUAACCCUUCUUAGAAGAGCUCUAGAAUUUCAUUAAAAGGAUUAAAAAAACCAACUGCACAACCUAAAAUAUUGAAGUAGCAAACAACUGAGAAUGCUUAUAAAUCUUUUAUAUUGCCUUAAUAUCAAAAUUUAUGUGAAUACAGUUUUUUAAAUAAUAAUUUAUAAUUGAGCACCACUGCUUCGUAAACUAAAGACAAACUAAAUGAAAUCAAUUAAAUGAUACGUAAUUCUUAAAUAUAAUCGAAGUAAUAAGUGAAUUACUAAAAAGAGAGUAAGUAGCUAAAAAAUGAAAAUACUAUUAACUGGCUCAAAAAAAGGUACAUUGAUUCUGGAAACAAAAAGUAUUUUGGAGAUUAAGAAGAUGUUCAGCAAUCAAAAUUUAUCAAAUCUAUAUUUGAAAAUAUAACUAGACACCUCAAAACUCCUGAGGGGGUAUAAAUUAAUGAUUUAAAUCGAUUGAUUUAGUAGUAUGAAUUACCGUUGAGCUUCUAAGUUUUAUCUAAAAUUUAUUAGAUAGUUGAUCAUGAUCGUGAUAGCAUACUAAAUUUAUAAGAAUUCUAAGACUUAAUUUUAAAUGAUAAUGCAAACAAGAUAUUCCUUGAUUAAUUUAAGCAUAGAUAUAAACAAUAUUAAAAUAUUAUUUAUAAACCUACUUCACUUUCUGCACUUUGUAUUUUUAUUUCUUUCAGAAUAAAUCAUGACUUUCUCACUGAGUUUCUAUAUGAUUCAAACUUUUAGGUAAAAGAUAAAAGCUUAGGCUUGAUUAAAAUGUUAGAUUUAAUUAAGGUGCAAGGACAAACUCGUAUUAAAAGUGAUUUUGAUAAAAGAAUGAUUAGGAAAUUGAAUGUAGAAUAAACAGCUUAGCUAGGUUUUGUAAGUCCUUAAUAAAAAUAAAAUUAACAAGAAUCAUCAUUACAGAAUGAAAAAUCUUCAUUAAAGUAAAAUGAUGAGAUAAUAUAUAAAAAUAAUAAUACUUCCUCUGAUUCAAAUAAUGAUUCUGAUAGCUUUUAUUCAGAAUUAGAUAACAUGUAAAAAAGUUCAACUACUCAAAGAAAAAGUGAAAAAAUAAUUAUCAAUACUUCUGAUUCAAAAAAGAACUUAAAUGUUAAAAAAACUGAAUUUCAAAAGUAGAUGGACUAAAUUAUAUAAAAAGCAAACUCGCAAGGAGAAAAAUCUGCAAAGAAUUCAUAUAAAGCUAAAAGAUCUCUUCUCUAAGAGAUAUAAGUGGAAAACUAAAAAGUAAUUUUGAGCUCUAUUGACAGCACAAAGCAGCUCUCUACUUAAAAGAAGGCUCCUUUUUUACCAGGCCUAAACUUGAAUACAACUAAUCAGACGCUUUAGAAUUACUAGAGCACUAAAAAAUUUCAUAGUAUUUUAGAUGAUAAAUAAUAAAACGAAAACCAAAUGGAUGAAAUAAAGGAAACAACAAUUCUUAAUAACUCUUAACUUGUUCCUUCUUACCUAAAAAAGAAUUCAAGCUAAGGGGAUAUCACAUAAAAAGCAAAUAAAUAAGGCUAUUCUAAACAUAUGACAUAUUUAAUGGAUUUAACUUUGUAAGAAGCAGUAAAUUCAAAGCAAUCACAAAUAGCAAGAAAACUAAUGAAUAUAGAAGAUUCUGCUAUUAUUUAACAAUACAGAAAAAAGAUGGAUUAAAUCAAAACUUACUAAGAAUAAAAGAAACAGCUUAUCUCUCCUACACCUUCUCCAAAUAAGCACUUUUUUACUUAAGAGAUACUUUAAUAAUUAGAAGGUACUUCUUUCGCUCCAAAAAACAAAGGGUUCUUUUAAAAUUAAUUAUCAAUUGCAUAAUAACAAUGA